AUGGAUCACAAUUUAUUCCACAAAGCUUUUAAUGAGAAACAACAGAUUAAUCUAUAUUGUCGUCCCCCUGUGGAGAAAACUGUCACAUGGAGCCUGGAGAGAAAUGGAAACAAAACUGAUAUCCUUACAUCUGAUGGUGAAGGAACGAAAAAACACAUUAAGGGAACGUCUAAAAUAUAUGACUCAGCAGCAGAUGGGUCAUUUUUUAUUCUAAAAGCUGAAAUCUCAGAUUCUGGAAAAUAUUUCUGCAACAAUAAACCAGCUGUGRAUGUGACAGUCAUCCCAUCAGGAACAAUAAUAAAGAAUGUUGAAAAGGGAAAGAACAUAACUUUAGAUUGCCCCUUUGUUGGUGAGGAAUCACAUGAACCAACAUGGAGCAGAGAAGUCGCUGGAAAAUCAGAACCACUCCGGUCUCCUGUUCCUGUUGUGGUCAAGAAGCUGAGAAUAAGAAAAGCUCAACUCAGAGACUUUGGAUUGUACUACUGUGAUGGAAAACCAGCUGUUUAUCUGAAUGUGACCAAAGACACAAAACAUGAUGCAGCAACACAAAGAACACCAAGAACGACCACAGUGACAACAAUGAAAACAACUACAGCAACAUCACCAUCACCACCAAGAACAACAACACCAACAACAACCAAAGCAUCAGCAUCAUCUACACCACAAACAUCUGCUUCUCCUCCUGGAACGACAAACGGCAGAAACACUCAUCAAGAAAAAUACUUUUUUAUCAGCUUGCUGGUUAAAAGUGGUGCCAUCAUCCUUCUUACCAUCAUCACCCUCCACCUCAUCUGCAGGUGCAGACCAGAAAUACAAGGUGUGGACAAACAGAGUGAUCUCUAUGAUGAUGUAAUGGCUGAUAAAGAACCUGGUGCCUCUCUGACACAUGAUGUGGAGAGUUAUGUGUGAUGAUGAUGAUCAUGAACA